AAGCUCUGCGAUGGAGGGUAGCCGCUGGCGACGUACAGGAUGACCUUGCAAGGCUUCUUUUCAGAAGAGGCGGUUCAGCAUGCGACAUCAACGGGUACUUCCUCGUUUAUAAAAGGCCUCUUCUUUGGCAUUCUGUCGGUCUUGGCGAUAGAAGCAUUCCUCGUUUUUCGCCUUGUCAGUCACUUUCUCGACCCAUCCCGUCGUCUCUUCAAGGUGUCUGCUGGUGACCGCCCUUCCUUUGCCAAAGAGUUUAUUGGUGUGACUGGCGGCCCUGAAGGGACGGGAACGGCGGCUGACCAUGAAAUCCUCAAAGAUGAGCUGCUCGAGAGCAAACACAAAACAACCAGCAGCUCUGCACACCAUCAGACACGAGAGCAUCACGAACCCUGGCCGGAGAACGUUGUGGAAUUCUUGCGUCAAGCUUUGACACCUGGGGAUAACGAUGCAUUGCUACGACCCUCUCGGUCAAAGAAACCGGGAUCGACUCCCCUCGAUCAAGACAAUGAACCCAUUGCAAUGGCAGAAACUGAGCAAUGCCACUGGAUCAAUGUUCUUGCACACAGAUUUUUCUUGGCGCUGAGAGGGAGCGAGCUGUUCAAGAAGAAAGCCAAGGCUAAGUGGACAGAGAAGAUUAAUGUUAAACUGAAGGGAAACUCGUUCGUGUCAUACAUCGAAGUGACAGAUAUCUCUCUGGGGGAUUAUGCGCCGAAGAUUCACGGUGUCCGAUUACUCAAGGGGAUUGCUGAGGAUCUCGCUGUAGUAAGCGUCGUGGUCUCGAUGUCUUCAUAAACGGAUCGAGAUGAAUAACAUUGAUCGAAUAUUCAUAGUCAGCGGAACUAGACGUGACAUAU